AUGUUUGAGGCUCUUCAAAUCACAAUACACACAGGCAUGGCAUGCCGUACCAUGCUUAAUCUUGUGAGGAAUGAGAAGGAAGUCGAGGACCCAACAGUUAUUGAUGAGUUAGACGACAUGGCGUUCGCCGCUCCAACUUCGUCUGGGUCAAAUGUCGAGGCACCCAUUAACUACUGUACCUACACGACCGUCGGAAACAACAACCUCUUCCGUCCCGUCUUCGGAGACAUCGAGCACGUCGUUUAUCGUUUCCCCAACACACGGGCCUCUCUCCAAGAGUUUCCCAGCCCCCAUCUCGCAUUUGGUACCGGCAACAACACAUACGCUCCCUUCUGGUGUCCCAAGCUUGAUUCCAUUGAUUCCACUGCCCCCACUAUCCAUCCCACCGAGUCUUGUCCCUACCCUAGUACUUCCCACCAUACUUCCCACCAUACUGCCAUCCAUAACACUCUCCAUACCGCUCUCUAUACCAUUCUCUAUACCACUCUCCGUACCACUCUCCAUACCGACAUCAAACGACCUCACUGGCACCAUUCCGUACACUGGCACUCCCACACUAUCGCACACUUCCUCGACCACUUUCAAUCAUACCUCUUCCUUCAAGUUGAGCACAUGCUCAGGCACAUCGGGACUCUGCCGACAGCCUCCGAUAAUCCCCCCUUCAACUUCCACUUCCACCAACACGAAUACCAAGACAUCCUCGAGUCACAAAUCUUCAACAUCUGCGAGCUCGACUUCCCCGUUGACGCGAAGUCAAAAUCCCAUAGGCUCUCAGAGUCCCCCGACGGAAGCGAGUUUACCUACUGUUUCCGGCACAUCGAUCAUCUCAACAACGAGGAUCGGAGUAGCUAUGCUCCUCUUCCCCCCAAAGAUGGUGCAUCGUCGUCGUCAUCAUUGACUUCUUCGCCGGAAAAAUCGUCAUUGACACCCAUUUCUUGGAGCGUUACCACGUCUACAGAUAGUAGCGUUACGAAAAGCUCAACCGUUACCAAUGUUCCAAGCGGUGUUCCACAGUCUGACGGAGGUUCACAAACUCAAACUCUAAAACCGGAAAUAGCAGCAUCAAGCAGUACAGGCACGGUCGAACUUGCAGUAGGAAGCAGUGUAGGGAGUCUCGCUGUCAUCGCUGUCAUCGCGUUCUUCCUUCUACGUUGGCGUCGAAGACGCUCCACAAAGUCCCGACCCAGAAGCAAUUCGGCAGAGAAGUACUCAAACAUUGGCGUCGUUCCCGCUUCUCCAUCUCGUAUCUAUCUCGCUUCUUCGGCUGCAUCCCUUGCAUCAUCCGAAGAAACAGACUCGAACGACCUCUCUCCCGAUUCACUUCACUCCUCGCUCUUCCCACCCUGGGAUGCCUGGCCAACACCUCCCGGCUCCCGCUCAGACUCAGACUCCAUCGAGCCUGCGCCCAUGUUUUCUGUGGCUAAUGCAGCAGAUGCGCGUCGCAACCUCAUGCGUGACCCCCCUCUUUCCAGUAGCCCUUUUAGGACGUCCAACUUCUCCGCGAGACCUCUUCCUCAGCCACCGCUCCAAGACAGAACACUAGCAACCGACCCUUUCGCUGAUCCCGAUCCUUUUGCAGACGCGCCACCGCCAUGGCAUGGCAUCGAUUCCACGCGGAUUGGCUCUGGGCCACCGUCGCGCUCUUACACGCUCGCAGAGAACCUAUCUGGUUUCUACCCAAGCGGCGCUUUUGGCGUACAUAGCCACGAGAUGACCGGCGGCCCAGAGCGACAAUACGGGAGCAGAGCCAGAAGUGCGGUGGUGACUUCCGGGGACAUCUCGAUCAACGAUCUCGUGCAGUAUGCCGCGAGCAUCGUAACGACGAGCGAAGAGCUCCCGUCAUACCCGCACUCGAGGAAGUCUACGGACCAGACGCGCUCCGAGUCUUGA